AGUAUCCUCGCACCCGUCGUCUGAACAUGGAAGUACAGUUGCACGUGGGCAUGGACACCAGGCGCUGCGUUCCUUCCCAAAUCGGAUCUUGAGAAGAUGUAAGCCACCGCUACUGCCCAACAACGUGGAAGAGCUUGAAGAACAAAGGGAUCUGCUGACUUUGGUCAGCCUCCCCGAUGCCACGAGUCCGUUGCAGCUUCAAAAUACCUAUUGUCAAAGUCUCUUGGAAAGUGCCAAUUCAAGUACGAAGGUGGUUUAGAAAAUAGUUGCGGCGACAUCAAAGGUUGCAAGAUAUGGGUGUGAUCUCGUACCUGCCAUUGAAGGUAGCAAAGGCAAGUACGGAAAGAGCACCUGAGCACCGAACCGGCAGGACACCGCGAGACCAUCCUACUGCAUUUUCGAAUCAUGCCUUCAUAGAGGCACCGCAGCAUUUACGUUGAAGCCGUGGUUAGUACUGAGCUUCAAAUCCGUUCGAUACCAUGCCCGACCUCAUCCCGUCGACUAUGCUGCCACCACCUCGACCAAAGCCCAAACUUCAGCACCCACCAGCACCGCCAGACCCUGCGUCUCUCCAGCUGCGCUACAAGCUUUCUACCCCGACCUUCUCCAUCCUCUCCGCCAUCCCUGGCUCACCAGAUCGCCGGGCUAUCCUUCAGACAGCCUCCCAAGCCACCGAGUUUCGGUCCUUCCCAAUCCACGCUGCCGAGAAGGCCUUCUUCAGAACAAUCAACGAGACCAAGCCCAUCCCGUACCUCAUCCGCGAAGCCGUCUCGCAGCCAUGGCACAAGGUGUUUCUCCUGGUACAGAUUGAUCUCAUGAACGAUGGCUGGCCCAGCAAGCUCAGCGCCGCGGCCAGGAAGGAACUCCACGGAGAGAGAGGUCGGAUCUACAACAUCCUCGAAAAGUGCCUGCGGUGCCUCGUCGACAUUCUCGGCCAGAGAAUGGAUGGUCGUGGUGUGACCACGGGACUGGACGUUCUGCGGAGCAUCAAGGCGGGUGUCUGGGAGGGCAACGGCCAGGACUUGCUCCAGGUCGAGGGCAUCGGUCCUGCUCGCGCUGAGAAGCUGGCCAAGGCAGGCGUGCGGAACAUCCGCCAACUGUCAGGGAUGGACUUUUUCCACAUUGAGAGGCUGUUGAGCCGCAAUCCACCUUUUGGCCAGCAGGUGCUCCGCGCUGUGGCCUGCUUCCCGCUGUUGAAUCUCAAGCUCGACGUUGUGUCAAGACCACCUGGAGGGCGAGAGGGCGAUAGCACUUGGAUAGCGAGGAUCUUGAUCUCAUACGACAAUGAGGAAAUGCCACAGUGGAAAAAGGCACGGCCGUGGACAACGCUCGUCAUUGAGGGUGAGAAUGGACGACUGGUCUGGUUCUGGCGAGGAAGCACGAAGAAGUUGAGUGGCGGUAAGGAGAUAGUCGUCUCGCUGAACGCGAAGAAAGGCGAGCAGCUCAAAGUGGUCUUUGCAUGCGAGGAAGUCGUCGGUACACUGAUCAAAGAAACGUUCCGUAUCUGACUCAGGGGUCGAAUGUCGGAGCCACUGUACAUUUCAGAAAGCCAUGUUCGAUGGGCAGCUGGCUCACUAUUCCUGCAAUU